CUCAAGCUGUCAUCAGAGAAAAGUGCUUUAGACGAAAAAUUUGCAUUGAAUUUGUAUCUUUACAUCGUGGAAAUCUUAGAAAAAUAUUCUUUAAUAUUCUGCUUAUAAUUUGAAGUCCAUGCCUGUGUGAUUUACAAUGUUUUGAUCGACUGGUCGCAAUAGACUGUCCGGCCCUAAAAUCGGAUUUGCGAGUAUGUCCGAGUCGAAGCAGUUGAUUAUUUAAGUUUGCUAAACAAAAGUAUUGCUUGAAAAUCACAAGGAUCAAAAGAACAGUGUAUUAGCUAGCACUUGACAGUGUAAUAACCAUCCACGUUUAUAGAUUUUUUUGCAUCGCAAUUUACAGUUUUUUCGCAAUGUGCAUUGUUUCUCUCUAAAAAUAUUUGUUAAGCAAUGUUCUACUCUUUUUCCUGAAAUAUGCGUGUUAUCGUAGGACAAUAUUCGAAACAAAGCAGAAAAACACAAGUACCUUUCUAAUCAGCUUUUUUUGCCACCACAACCUGUUAUGCUUUUCGUCGUUGUCGUCGUCGUCGGCAUUAUCACUCAUAACUAACUGUUUAAUAAAACAUCGAAACACGUCAUUUCGCGUACUAAUCCGAUACGAUUUGCGCGAUCGACUUUUUUGUGUUUACGCGAAACGUCUGAAAAUAUUACCCGAUGGCCGCGUAUUUGAAUCGUACCCUGUCGAUGAUGACGGGUGGUGCAAACGGGGCCGCUUCCCCGUACGAAACGGCCGCUCUGCUCGAUGCGAAUACAUCACCCCGUGGGCUGCAUACAACCGCCGGCCAUUUGGAUGUUUCACCAUUGCAGAUAUUCGUAAGAGCGAAAAAGAAGAUUAACGAUAUCUUUGGAGAAAUUGAAGACUACGUGAUAGAAACGACAAGCUUCAUUGAUGCUAUGCCCGCAACAGUCGAAAUCGUCGACAAGGCCGAGGCGGAACAGUUUAAAAGCUAUGUUCUUAAAGUAUCCGGCAUCCGAGAAGUACUUGCCCGGGAUCACAUGAAGGUAGCGUUUUUUGGACGCACCUCGAAUGGGAAAAGCUCCGUAAUUAAUGCCAUGCUGAGAGACAAAAUUCUACCCAGCGGUAUCGGUCACACGACCAACUGCUUUUGUCAGGUCGAGGGUGUCGAUGGAGAUGAUGCUUAUUUAGUAAAAGAGGGUUGCGACGAAAAGCUUAAUGUAACGUCGGUUAAGCAAUUAGCUAAUGCGCUAUGCCACGAAAAGCUGUCGGAAAGUUCUAUGGUACGAAUAUUCUGGCCACGAAAACGUUGCAGCCUUCUGCGGGAUGAUGUGGUGUUUGUCGAUUCGCCCGGGGUAGAUGUCUCUCCGAAUCUGGAUGAUUGGAUCGAUAACCACUGCCUAAAUGCUGAUGUUUUUGUACUUGUUCUUAAUGCCGAAUCAACAAUGACACUGGCGGAAAAGUCAUUUUUUCAUGAAGUUUCAACUCGCCUUUCAAAGCCAAACAUAUUUGUCUUGAAUAAUCGAUGGGAUGCUUCGGCCUCCGAACCGGAAUUUCAGGAAUCGGUCAAAGCGCAGCACCAGGAGCGCUGUAUUGAUUUCCUCGUAAAAGAACUAAAGGUAGCUACCCAGAAGGAAGCAGAAGAACGGGUGUUCUUUGUGUCGGCCCGCGAAACGUUGCAAGCCCGUUUGAAAGAAGCGGAAGGUCUCCCGGCAAUAGCUGGUGCUCUGGCUGAUGGUUUCCAGAAUCGUUACUUCGAUUUCCAGGACUUUGAGCGCAAGUUCGAAGAAUGCAUCUCCAAAAGUGCAGUUCGAACCAAAUUCGAACAGCACAGCUCGCGCGGGAAAGGUAUUUCCAGCGAGAUGCGUUCUAUGCUAGACAAUAUCUACGACCGGGCGAAUAUGCUACGGAACCAAAAACUCGAGCAAAAGAAAAAAUUAACCGAUCGCAUUGCAACCACCGAGUCGCAACUGAUGCAGGUUACUCGCGAGAUGAAAAUGAAAAUACAUAACAUGGUAGAAGAGGUCGAACAGAAGGUUGCGAAAGCAUUAAACGAAGAGAUUUGGCGACUCAAUAUUCUAGUUGACGAAUUUAAUUUGCCGUUUCAUACUGACACGCUGGUACUGAAUGUCUAUAAAAAGGAAAUAAAUGCUCACGUGGAAAACGGUCUCGGUUCCAACUUAAGAGCGCGUCUUAGCACAGCACUGGCGAUGAACGUGGAAACGGCACAGCGUGAAAUGACGGAUCGUAUGACAGCGUUAAUUCCUUCAGAGAAAAUAGUAACACAUCCCAAUAAUGUUGUGGCUAGAAAUCAACCGUUCGAAAUACUGUACACGCUAAACUGUCAGAAUUUAUGCGCAGAUUUUCAAGAGGACUUAGAAUUUCGAUUUUCCUGGGGUAUCACGGCAUUCAUCGCUAGGUUCAAUGGCAAAAUGCGAGCUGGAAACAAGAAAGCUAUUACUCACAACAGGCAUAAUAGUAAUGUCAAUGUAUCGCAAAUAAUGUCUCCUACUUCACCAAUGUGUCUUGUACCGGAGAACGAUAUUAUCACACAGGAACAGCUGUCGGUGAUUUCAAAAGUAGCAAUAGCAUCAAUCGGUUCUCAAGGUACUCUAGGCCUGCUGGUAGCAGGAGUGCUUCUUAAAACUAUCGGCUGGCGCGUUAUCGUCGGAGCUGGCAUUCUGUACGGUAGCGUGUAUCUAUACGAGCGACUGUCGUGGACUAAUGCAGCGAAGGAAAAAAGUUUUAAAAACCAGUAUGUACAACAUGCUACCAGAAAGUUGAAACUGAUCGUCGAUCUAACCUCCGCUAACUGUAGCCAUCAGGUACAACAGGAAUUGUCGAGUACAUUCGCUCGACUGUGUCGUGUUGUUGAUUGCGCCACCACCGAUAUGAAUACAGAACUAAAGGAAAUCGAAAACUCACUAUCGGUAAUCGAGGCCAACCAGAAGCAGAUUAAGGUGCUAAGCAAUAAGGCUAAUUUCAUUCAACGAGAACUGGAAAUUUUUGAUAGCAACUAUAUCAAAGAAAACUAAACAGAAUUUUGACAAAAUGGAACCAAAAGAUACUAAUAUAUUUUAACAGUACCCGUUUAACGAAACCCGUUAGCAGAGAGAUAGGCUCGCAUUAUUAGCCCUCAAAAUGUUUCCAGGAUACUUCAUUUUGUUUUGUCGUUGCUGUUGUUUUUUACCCAAUUCAAGAGUUACUCUAGUUGGAUUACAUACCUAUAUAAUGCACGCUACGGCGUGCAGUGAAUCUGUGAAAACAUUUUUAAGUUGAUACCGAUAUCGAAUGGAAUUCUAGCUACUAAUAUAUUAUCCUCUCCGAUUGCGGCAGUAGAAUGUGUAAUAGACAGGUAUCUGUAUUAUAUACUGUAAGAAAAGUUGAUAACCUCUAGGCAAAUUGAUGCGAAAUUCAUGUAAAUUUAUUCAGCACUCUUGAAUGUGAACACUAUCUGCUGUUAGUAAAAUAUGAGUUGUAAAAAUGAACUAAACUAUUGUUAGAAAAGUUCACUUUACCAAAAUUCAACUAGCCGCAGCUGUACUAAACGCAUUGUAAACUUAACGAACCCAUAAUAGUUGAGUGUAUUUGGAUAGGAUUUUUCUAGAACUCGAUUAAACCCUAAAAUAUUUCUCAA